GUGAUUUGCAUUAAAAUCACUACAACGCCAUGUAAAUCCAAGAUGGCGCCUUCCCCUAGCUCGCCGUCUUGGCCUGCUCAGCGCUGCCCCUGGUGGUCGCGACAUGUAUCAGCACUGACAGUUUAUCACGAUAAUCACCGACAGCUCAGCGGCUACAUGUUUAGAGUUUCCAAUCACUUUCAGCUUGUAGCUAAACGUCUAAUACAAGCUAACUGCGUGCUAUAUCGUGACUACAAAACGGAUGAGAGCAUAUAUUUAGUAGAGACUUGUGAAGAAAGUUUAACAUUUAACCUAGCUAGCGCUAGCAAGCCUCGGACGUUGGUUUAAAGGGAUGGCCAUUAUGCUCUGCUGGACGUGUAUCCUGAGGUCCUGUCCCACCAUCGUCAUCCACUGGGGGUCUUUUUCUUGUGAUAGAGUUCAGUUUCACAACAGAUUACCAUUCCUCACACUCAGUUUUGCUCAAGGACGGAGGGAAGAGGACAAUGGGGGCCGGUGGGGUUUCCCCGCAAGCCCUGCUGUGGCUCAACCUGUUCGGCUUGAUCUCUCUGGCUUCGUCCCUCAACCCGGAUGACCCCAAUGUGUGCAGCCACUGGGAGAGCUAUGCAGUGACUGUGCAGGAGUCUUACGCUCAUCCAUUUGACCAGGUCUACUACACCCGCUGCACCGACAUCCUCAACUGGUUCAAAUGCACCAGACACAGGAUCAGCUACAAGACGGCGUACAGACGAGGCGUGAGGACCAUGUACAGGCGACGCUCUCAGUGCUGCCCAGGCUUCUAUGAAAGUGGAAACCUGUGUGUUCCGUUGUGUACUGAAGAGUGUGCCCACGGACGGUGUGUCUCUCCUGACACCUGCCAGUGUGAGCCCGGCUGGGGAGGGCUGGACUGCUCCAGUGGCUGUGAGAGUGACUUCUGGGGGCCCCACUGCAGUAACCGCUGUCAGUGCCGGAACGGGGCCAAAUGUAACCCAAUAACCGGAGCCUGCGUCUGCACUGACGGCUACCAGGGCUGGCGCUGCGAGGAGCCCUGCGACCCCGGCUUCUACGGCAAGGACUGCCUGCUGGAGUGCCAGUGCCUCAACGGCGCCACCUGCCAGCAUCAGACUGGCGAGUGCCUCUGUGCGCCCGGAUACACUGGGGCCUUCUGUGAGGAUCCUUGUCCUCCAGGUAAACACGGCUCCCUGUGUGAACAGCGCUGUCCCUGUCAGAACGGAGGAACAUGCCAUCAUGUCACCGGAGAGUGCUCCUGUCCCGCCGGCUGGGUGGGUCCGGUCUGCGCACAGCCGUGUUCAUUCGGAUCAUUCGGCAUUAACUGCUCUCAGGAGUGCACAUGUCGUAACGGAGGUCUGUGUGACCACAUCAGCGGUCAGUGCCAGUGCACUGCUGGCUACAUCGGAGAGAGAUGCCAGGACGAAUGCCCAGUUGGCACAUACGGGCCGCAGUGUGCCCACAAGUGUGACUGUCAGAACGGGGCCAAGUGCUACCACAUCAACGGCGCCUGCCUGUGUAACGAGGGCUUUAAGGGCCCCAGCUGCCAGGACCGCUUCUGUCCCACUGGCUUGUACGGACUCAUCUGUGACAAAUACUGCCCCUGCAAAACUGCAACCACACUCAGCUGUCACCCUCUGUCAGGAGAGUGCACCUGUGCAGCAGGAUGGGCGGGGCUUUACUGUAACGAGACCUGUCCGGCAGGUUACUAUGGCGAGGGCUGCAGAGAGCUGUGUGCCUGUGCGAACGGAGCCGACUGCGACGGCAUCACUGGAGCUUGUAUGUGUGCUCCAGGGUACAUAGGUGACGACUGCUCUGUCGGCUGUCCUGCAGGCCUGUACGGGACCAACUGCACCUCGUCGUGCUCCUGCCGCAACGAGAUCUCCUGCUCGCACAUCGACGGCUCCUGCAUCUGCAGAGAAGGUUGGCAGGGUGUGGACUGCUCCAUCCCUUGCUCCAGUGGCACUUGGGGUCUAAGCUGCAAUCAGACUUGUCAGUGUGCCAACGGGGCGGCCUGCGACCCCGUCAACGGAACCUGCACCUGCUCCCCAGGCUGGAGGGACGAAUACUGCGACGUAGCGUGUCCUGAGGGAUCAUACGGGCUGGACUGCAGAGAGCGAUGUGACUGUGUCAACGCUGAUGGCUGUGAUUCAGUGACCGGCUUCUGUCGCUGUCUCGCAGGUUGGACAGGUGUCCAUUGCGACAGUGUGUGUGAGGAGGGACGCUGGGGGCCCAACUGCUCCUACAGCUGCACGUGUGAGAACGGAGGCUCCUGCUCCCCGGAGGACGGCACCUGUGUGUGCGCUCCCGGCUACCGCGGCACCAACUGCAGAAGAACUUGUUCCCCUGGUUUCUACAGCCACCGUUGCAGCCAGUCGUGUCCUCAGUGCAUCCACAGCGACGGGGCGUGUCACCACGUCACCGGCCAUUGUGAAUGCCUCUCUGGCUUCUUCGGCUCCCUCUGUAAUCAAGUGUGUCCCAGUGGAAAGUUUGGUAAAGCCUGUGCUGAGGCCUGUCUGUGCACUAACAACGGCACCUGUAAUCCCAUCGACGGCUCCUGUCAGUGCUACCCUGGAUGGAUCGGCGAGGACUGCUCCAAACCGUGUCCUCAGGGCUCAUGGGGCCCAGACUGCAUCCACACAUGUAACUGUCACAACGGAGCCGAGUGCAGCACUACAGACGGAGAGUGUAGCUGCAGCCCUGGAUGGACGGGACUCUACUGUACUCAGCGCUGUCCUACGGGUUUCUACGGCUCUCAGUGUGCUGAGGUGUGUCGCUGUCAGAACGGGGCGGACUGUGACCACAUCACCGGACAGUGUUCCUGCAGGACGGGCUUCAUAGGACAGAGCUGUGAGCUCAAGUGUCCUGCGGGGACGUUUGGCUACGGCUGCCAGCAGCUGUGUGAGUGUAUGAACAACGCCACCUGCGACUACGUGACGGGAACCUGCUACUGCAGCAUCGGCUUCAAAGGCAUCCGCUGUGACCAGGCGGCUCUGAUGAUGGAGGAACUGAACCCCUACACCAAGAUCAGCCCGGCUCUGGCGUCAGAGCGCCAAUCAGCCGGCGCCGUCCUGGGCAUCAUCUUCCUGCUGCUGCUCAUCAUGGCCAUGCUCGGCCUGGUGGUCUGGUUCCGCUACCGGCAGAGAGAGAAAGGCCACCACGUGCCGAGCGUCACCUACACGCCCGCCCUGCACAUCAACUCCACCGACUACUCCCUCUCAGCAGGGCUGCAGUGCACAGGCCUGCUCUCCUCUGCAGAGUCCUCUCCCAAUAACAGCUCUGUAGGCCGCUGCUUCUCCAACCCCAGCUACCGCACCCUGGGGCCCUGCACCUACGCCGCACACUACGCCAAGCCAGACAAGAGGAGCUCCGCCAAGAUGAAGACAAAGAAGCGUCACAGGAACAGUGCUCCAGAGUGGGGGGCCUACUGUAACCUCAGCGAGCUGGGUGUUUACUGCAUUGACCGGCGUUACAGCUACCACGUGGAGCAGCGCUACAGAGACUAUAUGAAGGGUUCCUUGUCCAGCACCUGCUCCCUCAACAGUGAAAACCCGUACGCCACCAUCAACGACCCGCCCAGUCUGUGCAAACACUCAGAGAGCAGCUACGUGGAGAUGAAAUCGCCGGCUCACCAUGAACACGUCACACACUGCUGCUCCGCCGCCAUCAUCACCACGACCACAACCACCACUGCACCCGCCAAGAACGUCUACGACAUGGAACCAACCAUCAGUAUCAUCCAGGGAGCUGGUGGUGUGGCGGUUCCCAGUUACCCUCAGAACCCAUACGACCUGCCCAGGAACAGCCACAUCCCCAGCCACUACGACCUGCUGCCGGUGCGCCCCAGCCCCUCUCACAGCCACAGCCUCACCCUGCACAGCCACAGCCCACCGCUGCCCGGCAGCCCCACCAGCUCGCUACUCUAGACCCCUCAGCAGCCAGACUGGACACUGGACCAGUGCUCCCAGUUCAUCCAGAACCAGGAAACUGUGAACUGGGACAUAACGUGGAAAAAAGGAAAGAUUAUGUGUGUGUGUGAAUGGGGUGAGAAUCUCCUUCAUGCAGUGCUCCGCCCGUUGCACUGCUGUUUGGCAUUUUAUCACUGUAUUAUAUCCAAACUGUUUGAGCUGUUUUUGUGCCAGUCAAUACUACAUAUUUGUGUUGUAUUGUAAAUUCCCCCUCAUCAACAAAAUGUCAAUCGAGGGAAUAUACACGUACAUAUGCACACAAGUAUACCUUUUUUCUGGUAUGCCUAUCUCUUUGUCUUUUUUUAUACAUCCUGGGUCAGAAGAUGGGAAGUCGAGGACGAUAGGAAAAGAAAAACAAAGAAAGAACUGAGUUACUCAUGUAAAUUUGUCUGGGUGAGACUGUUGUACUGAAAAGUAAAUGUGAGUGCCAAAGACAAGACUGAGGCCCACUUCACACUUGGAUUAAGUGGAUCUACCAAGCUUGUACAAUGAAGAAGAAUCAUAUGGGCAUUACUUCUCACAGUGCAAACAAACUUGUAUGGACUCUGGAGAAAAGGUGCUCAUUACGCCGAUAUUCUCCCAAAAAAGGGACUAAGAAAAAUAUGUGAAUAAAUGCACACAAACUGCAGUCUGGUCAGAUUUACACUACCUGUAUAGUUCUGGUAUUUUUACACAUCGUUUCUUAUUUCCUGUUUACAUAUUUAAAGAUCCUCACAGGGAUCCAUAUUUUCUCUCUGAAAAGUUAUCUUUUUGUAUGUACUGUAGACAAAGUGGUGUAUUGGCUGUACACUUACUGUACACUAGUGAUUAUUAUUGUGAUUUUCUUUUAUUGUGUCAAGCUUAAUACACAUGCAUGCCAAAGAUCAUUCAAGAUAUAAUAGUUAGCCAGGAAUACCCUUAAUAUGUCCUUUGGUGCAAACUGAUUAUUGUCAUCUGACUGUCUCAACAUGGGAACAACUCCAAUCUGAAACAUGCUUUUUCGGAAUAUGGACUGUAGGGCUGCAACUAACGAUUAUAUUCAUUACUGAAUAAUCUUCAGAUUAUUUUUUCAAAUAAUCGAUUAAUAUUUUGCAUAUAAAAUGUCAUAAAAUAGUAAAAGUGUCCAUCACAUUUUUUUGAAAGCUCAAGGUACGUCUUCAGAUGUCUUGUUUUGUCUCAUCGACGGUCCAAAACCUAAAGAUAUUCAGUUACUGUCGCAUGAGGGAAAGAAAAGCAGCAAAUUUUGACAAACAAAUUUUUGUCAUUUUUGCCAGAAAAAUUACUUAAACAAUAAAUCGAUAGAUUACCGGUAAUUGACUAAUCUUAUCAGCUCAAAUGCACCGAUGUAUUUGUUGCAGAAAGGUCAAAAGUGGAAGAGAAAAAUAAAAGUCCAAUGACGAUCAAAUAUUUCAAUACUUAAACUUUAAUUUACUUCAGCUUCCUCCACAACAUUAAUGUCACUACAGAAUCACAAGAUUUUCGUUCCCAAACACAAUGAAAAUGUGUUUCUAAUCUUGUUGUAGCAACUAUUUCUCACAUUACAUAUGAAAUAGAGCUGUAAUGUAUGAAAUCCUGCUUAAUUUUUCAAUGACAUACAGGUAAGUUUUGUUAAAAAAUGUUGAGAAUUAUACCUUGGCAAAUAGCAAUAACAAGUUAUUGUCAUAACAUGACAUGUUGACAAUCAGAUGUAAACAGCUUUGUUUUCCCACACAUUAUUUCCUACUUUUCUUCAAUUUGUUCUAUUUUCAUCUUGCUUGUAUGUCUUUUCUUCAGCUUUUAAACCAAGUAGAUGUAUUAAGUGCUGCUUGCUGGUCCUUUUGUUUCAUGCCCUAAAUUCAAUAAAGUUGUCAUAGCUCAGGG